UCCCAUCUAAUUGCUUCCGGUGUUUACACGUGCAAACGCACGUAAUGGUUUAAUCUUCGAAGGCGGAACUCCAUAAUAAAAGAUCCCCAAACGGAGUUUAAAAGGUCUCGCCGCCAUUCCCACCACCGCGACCACCGUCAUCGCCGCCGUUAACUGCCACCUCGAUAAAGGAAACUAUGAGGCGGAAUAGGAAGCGGAAGCGGACGAGUAUAACUGAUCUGAAUGCUGAUGUACUGAGACUUAUCAUGGUUUUUGUGGCUAAAUCUUCUGAUGGGGCGGGCAGUUUUGCAAGGGCAACAUCAGUCUGCAAAGGAUUCAUGGAGAUUGCUGAGGACACAGAGGUCUUGAAAGCUGUAGUUUUUGAUAAGCAAAGUGUCUCUGGAUUCGAUGAAUCGUUUUGGAAGAUCAAUGGCUUGUUAAGCAAAUGUUCGAGUGCAAGAAAUGUGGGUGCUGUGAACAUACUUUUAACGUACCUCAAGGAACGGGUGGAAUAUUCAUGGGCAAAGGAGAGAGUAGUUGAGGUAGCCGUGAAGGAGUUAUUUGACAGGGUGGAGGCUGUUAAUGCUGUUUUUACAAGGGCAAGGUUGAGAGCUGCUGUGUCGGCCGGCGAGAUGGUUAAACAGAUGCUUCAUGAGAUACGGAUGGAUAUCAAUGAAAUCCGCGAGCAUCUGGACAAAUUCGAGGUUGCUGGAUUUUUCAAGGCCUGAAUAGGUUUUUGCACAUUUUUUCCAUAGCCGUAUAUAAUCGCCAAAUUGAUGGAUAUCCAUGUUUUUCCAUCCCUUUUGAUUAACUUUAUCGCCAGAGUAACGAAACUUCAUCUCAGAGUUUAUGCUCUUCCAAACUAUAGGGUUUUAUGUUAAUGCAAUCCGGGGUUUUGAUA